GCCCACGCCAUAGAAUCGUAUCUUAAACAGUUCCUGAAUCAGCGUAGCAUCGUCUUCAACUUCAAACAACCAUCAGAUGAUCAUAACAUUUUCAAUUCCCGGUUUCUUCUUUAUAUUCCUGAAUUUCCACAAUCACUGUCCCUGUUCUCUGCAAACCCUAAUUCAAAACCAUUGCUCAUAUUCAAUCAAAUUAUAACAACAGUGACCGGCAAUAAUUAUAUGAAUUUGCAUGAAUAUUUUUAGGUAUCGAGAGGAGGUUGCGAGGAAGGCAAUAAAGCACGCCUUAAAGGCGCUAAGGAAGCGGCAUUUGCUCGAAGAAGGCGCUCAUGCUCCUGCUAUUAUUGCCCUUUCCAGGCCCAUUAUCUCUCAGGGCUCAGAAUGGAAAGAGAAAGCAGAAGCUUUGGAACUGGAACUUCAACAAUGUUACAAAGCUCAAUCUCGGUUAUCGGAGCAACUAGUUGUGGAGGUAGCUGAGACAAGAGCAUCAAAAGCUUCACUGCAAGAAAAAGAAACUGUUAUCGCUGAUUUGGAAAAGGAGUUGACUCAAAUAAGGGAGGAGUGCUCUCAGUUAAAGGAAGAUUUAGAAGAAAAAUUUAAAGCUUUAGAAUUGGUUAUGAGUGAGAAUGAUUCACUUCGAGUGCAAUAUGAUGCACUUCAAAUGCGAUUGGAUGAGAUGACUGCCAAAGCUAAUAGCGCCGAAGCUGAAAAUAAGAUGUUAGUUGAUCGUUGGAUGCUCCAAAAGAUGCAAGACGCUGAACGUCUUAAUGAGGCUAAUGCACUGUAUGAAGAAAUGGUUGAUCGACUCAGGGCAAGUGGCUUAGAGAAACUUGCUCAGCAGCAAGUGGAUGGCGUGGUGCGGCAAAGUGAAGAAGGUGCAGAGUUCUUUAUGGAGUCGACCAUUCCAUCAGCAUGCAAACACAAAAUUACUGCUCAUGACGGUGGGUGUGCUUCUAUAUUGUACGAGUAUAACUCUGGCAAAUUGAUUAGUGGUGGACAGGAUCGUGCAAUCAAAAUGUGGGAUACAACUACUGGAUCAUUAAGCCGUACCCUUUAUGGUUGUCUUGGCUCUGUUCUUGAUCUUUCUAUCACGCAUGACAAUAGAUCUAUCAUUGCAGCUAGCAGCUCAAACAAUUUGUAUGUAUGGGAUGUAAGUUCAGGGCGUGCCCGUCACACUCUCACUGGCCAUGUUGAUAAAGUGUGUGCUGUAGAUGUCAGCAAAAUUUCAAGUCGUUAUGUUGUCAGUGCUGCUUAUGAUCGUACUAUAAAAGUGUGGGAUUUGCAAAAAGGUUACUGCACCAACACGAUUGUUUUCCCCAGCAACUGCAAUGCUAUUUGCUUCAGCAUGGACGGACAGACCAUUUGUUCGGGCCAUGUUGAUGGGAAUCUUCGUCUGUGGGAUAUUCAAACAGGCAAGCGAGUCGGUGAAGUUGCUGCACAUUCACUUGCUGUUACAUCCAUAUCUUUAUCUCGAAAUGGAAAUGUUGUGUUGACGAGUGGAAGAGAUAACGUGCACAAUUUAUUUGACAUGAGAUCUUUGGAAGUUUGUGGCACAUUUAGAGCAACUGGGAAUAGAGUGGCAUCUAACUGGAGUCGCUCUUGUAUCAGUCCUGACGAUAACUAUGUUGCUGCUGGAUCAGCUGAUGGAUCAGUACACAUCUGGUCAGUAGCUAAAGCUGAUAUUGUGAGCACCCUGAAGGAACACACUUCUUCUGUACUUUGUUGUUCUUGGAGUGGACUUGGCAAACCAUUAGCCACCGCUGAUAAGAAUGGAAUUAUUUAUACCUGGACCUGAUAUGCCGUCGGAAAUAUGACAGAUUGAUCCCAUUUAUUUGUAAAUUUUUAGUUUUUGAUUUUCACGCAAGUUUAUGGAAUGGUAUGGGUCCUGGUAAAGUUGCUGCAACCCCGCAUGGCAACCUGGGCUAAUUGAUGAUUAUUUUAACAGAGAAGGGCUACUAUUUUACAGAAAAUUAUUCGUGAUUGUAAAUAGAGAACCUGUAACAGGUACUUUGAUGCGAGACCCUUGAAGCGCAUUGCUUUACCAAAAUUUGAUCUUUUUCUUGAUUGCUCUCGACAUUUUAGUGUUGGCUAUCAUCAUUAGCAUUUCUCUUAUGGCCCAAAGCUGAAAAUGUGCACUUGUUUUUUUUGGUGUAGAUCAUGUGAACUUCCAUUCAAAAUUUGUAUCUCACAACUAUUACAGCACUUCAUUCUUUUUUGUCCCUGUGAAAUUUAACUUAACCAAUAGAAAAGAGACAAAAAGGCUAAGAUCAACUUAAGUUAUUAAUGUCCAAUUUUUUUCUUGAAUUAUUACCUUUUACAGAAAGUCGGUAAAUAAUGAGAUUUUUACAUUUGAACUUAAGUCAGAUUAUACUAUAUAAAUUUUAAUUUUAUGGGAAAUGUAAAUGGAUAAUUAUCCAUUUGUUUACUACAUAUUGCCAUCCCACGUAUAAAAAGAAAUAAUGAAAACGAAUAAAAAGAAAUAAUGAAAUAUUUUUUAGCAUGAUUAUAAUUAUGAAUUUAAAAAGAGGAAAAAAAAAAGGGUAGAGGAAUGGAUGUAGGCUCCAGUAGAAUUUAUCCGAAGCGUAAUCCGAGCUUGGCCCAUUUCCGUAGAAUCCGACCAGUUUAUAAGUGAUGGAUGUAGGCUCCCGUUUAGAUUUCUGCUGACUGGUAAUUGACAAACCAAAUAGAACACUUAGCGAAGGAGAGAGAGAGAAGAUGGUGAAAGUGGCAACGUAUUUCGCGAUGACAUUAGGGGCUUUUGUAUUUUGGCAAUCAAUGGAUAGAGUCCAUGUUUGGAUUGCUCUUCACCAGGACGAGAAG